CUAUCAGGCUCUUCCACUCCGUGUCUGUACAGAGGGGGAUGUCUGUUAUCUAACUGCUCUGUCUACCAAUCUACCAGCUCAGCUCAGUCCAAUCUAGCCCUGCUCCCCUGACUCAACUUCCGGCCACCCUCAGCCAUGGAGGACUAUGAGGUGUGCUCGGCCGCCAGUAUUCUGGCAUCGGUGAAAGAGCAGGAGGCGCGUUUCGAGCGUCUGACCCGGGCGCUGGAGGAGGAGCGACGCAACGUCUCCCUGCAGCUGGAGCGUUCCAACAUAACAGCCGACAGGCUGGGAGGGACUGGGCCUAAUGCUAACCUGCCACCCAACAGCCAACCCCUGGCCUGGCAGCAGGUGGUGAUGCAGGAGCAGAGCCCCAGUAACCAGACGUCUCUGGCCAUGAUGCAGGAGCCCCAGGAGAUGGUGGAGGAGACGGUCACCAUUGAGGAGGACCCUGGCACGCCCACCUCCCACGUUUCCGUAGUCACCUCCGACGAUGGCACCACGCGACGCACAGAAACCAAGGAUAUGUCAACUAACCUGAAGGUGACCAGGGUGAUCAAAACCAUCACCCGCCACACUUACCUGCCAGUGACCAUCAUCGAGACCCCGGUGGUGCCGGAAGGUUCCAUCUCACCGCAGUCCAAACCCAGCACCUCUUCUCCCACCCCGUCACAGACAGACACAGUGACGAAGAUGGUGAAGACGGUGACCACGCGGACGGUUCGACAGGUGCCCCUGGGCCCCGACGGCCUGCCCCUACCCGAGGGCUCCUCCCCACUGGGCAGCUACACAGACUCCAUCGACCGGCGCUACCUGAAGAACGGCGAGCGCUAUAUCACCACGCCGCAGGCCACCUCCACGCUCACACGCUCCUACAACAACUACAACGACUCCUACACCGACACGCUCCCCCCCGAUGCCGGCGGGAGCCAUUAUGGUGGGCGCCACUAUGGCCUCCACGACGGCUACGGGAUUGGAGACGUGACAGACAACUACGGCAGCCUGUCGCGUGGCGUCAACUUCCGGCCGCCCCGCUAUCCCUACGCCAUGGCUAACAGCUACCGGACGGAGAACAGCUACGGGACCUUACCCAUUCGGAAGGAUGACUACGGCCACGUGGCCCAGCCUCAGGUGCCCAUGGGCAGCAGCAGUGUGGACCUGAACCGGUCCCAGCCAGAACGCUUCCAGCCAGAGCCCUACGGACUGGAGGACGACCGCCGCAGCCUGGGCCCUGAGGAGGAGGAGCCCUAUGACCUGGACCCUGACUACUCCACCGCCAGCCGGCGCCAAGGCACGCUGCCUGGCACCAACCGCGGCAGGACCGUGAGAGAGCCACUCCGUGACGGGCCACGUGUCAGGGGGUACGAUGACCCCAUCGAGGCAGAGCUGGUUGACGAGCGACACCCCUACAUCCAUGGCAUGUACGCGGCCCCCCUGGCCCAGCCCGAGAGGGGGAGCAUGGCCAGCCUGGACCGCCUAGCUGGCCGCCGCUCGCCCUCCAUAGACAGCAUCCGCAAGGACCCGCGCUGGCGUGACCCUGACCUGCAAGAGGUCAUCGCCAUGCUGGGUCACCCUAUCGACCCGGUCAAGUCCAACGCCGCCGCCUACCUGCAGCACCUGUGCUACGAGAACGACAAGAUCAAGAAGGAUGUGCGCCAGCUGAAGGGGAUCCCUGUGCUGGCAGGGUUGCUGGACCACCCCAAGGCUGAGGUCCACCGCAAGGCCUGUGGAGCCCUGAGGAACAUCUCCUACGGCAAGGACCACGACAACAAGGUGGCCAUCAAGAACUGCGAUGGUAUCCCAGCCCUCAUCCGCCUGCUGAGGAAGACCAACGACAUGGAGGUCCGUGAGCUCAUCACAGGGACCCUGUGGAACCUGUCUUCCUAUGAGCCUCUGAAGAUGGUGAUUAUAAACCACGGGCUUCAGACUAUGACCAACGAGGUCAUCAUCCCCCACUCAGGCUGGGAGCACGAGCCCAACGAGGACUCCAAGCCCCGCGACGCAGAGUGGACCACCGUCUUCAAGAACACCUCUGGUUGUCUGAGGAACGUGAGUUCGGACGGGGCCGAGGCGAGGCGCAGGCUGAGGGAGUGUGAGGGGCUGGUGGACGCUCUGCUCCACGCCCUGCAGUCCGCUGUGGGGAAGAAAGACAUGGACAACAAGUCUGUGGAGAACUGUGUGUGUAUCAUGAGGAACCUGUCCUACCACGUUCACAAGGAGAUCCCAGGGGCCGAGAAGUUCACAGACCCAUCAGUGCUGCAGGCCCCGGGCUCUGUGGGCCCUCAGAGGAAGAAGAAGGAUGACGCAGGCUGCUUCGGAGGGAAGAAGGCCAAAGAGGAGUGGUUUAAUCAAGGCAGGAAAAACGGAGAGAAUGCCAAAAGCUACGACACGCUGGAUCUCCCCAAACGCACUGAACCCACAAAAGGUUUUGAGCUGCUGUACCAGCCAGAGGUAGUGAGGCUGUACCUGUCUCUGCUCACUGAGAGCCAGAACUACAACACUCUGGAGGCUGCAGCAGGGGCCCUGCAGAACCUCAGUGCCGGACAGUGGACCUGGUCCAACUACAUACGAGCCACUGUGAGGAAGGAGAAGGGUCUCCCCAUCCUGGUGGAGCUGCUGCGUUCUGAUGCUGACAAGGUGGUCCGAGCCGUGGCCAUCGCCCUGCGUAACCUCUCCAUCGACCGCCGCAACAAAGACCUGAUCGGGAGCUAUGCCAUGAGGGACCUGGUGAGUAACCUGCCCAGUGGUCAGCAGCGGCCAGCUAAGAACCUGGAGGAAGACACAGUGGUGGCCAUCCUCAACACCAUCCACGAGAUCGUGACGGACAGCUCUGAGAACGCACGCUCCCUCAUCCAGGCCCAGGCCAUCGAGAAACUGGUGGCCAUCAACAAGACAAGCCAAUCACCACGUGAGAACAAGGCUGUCCACGUGCUGCAGACGGUGUGGAGCUACAAGGACCUGAGGAACGCCCUGACCAAGGAAGGAUGGAAUAAGAGCCACUUCCAGUCUACAGCAAGCGGCGCCCCUAAAGCAGCCAAGAAUGGCAAACCAGGCUACGACGACACAACCCUGCCCCUGAUGGAGAAGAACCAAGGCACCAAGAAAAAUGGAAGUGGUGAUAUGAUACCUAUGGACGAGCUUGGUCCAGAUGGCUACUCCACCAUCGACCAGAGAGAUAAGGACUGCAAGUACAAGAGUAGUGGCGACGGGUCAGUGGACCUGACAGAACGGGAGCCAUUGAAGAAUGAGACAAAUAGGAAACACUAUGUCAGGAGUAACAGGCCUGCAGUCAAUCUGGUGGAUGCUUGUGACGUUAAACCUCAGCCUGUUGACUCCUGGGUCUAAAUGCAUGCAUGGCUUAAAUAACAACAGCGCAACAUCUCAACUAGAUGAGGAUUUCCCACGUCAUCACUGCCAUAACACAUGGAACUUAUUUUGAUGUUGACUCGUCAGCAGAUAGACUUUGUAAAUGAAAGAGAGAGAAACAAAACAACAAAAAAUGAUCAUCCAUCAGCCAAUGUUUCAUGCUUUUUGAAUCAGCAAAUGAAAUGUAUAGAACAGAAAAUCAAAAAAUGACUACUUCUACUACAACUCAUAUCUACAUUCCCACUGGAUGGACAAACAUAGUGUACACGAACAUGAGGACUGACUGGAGCAGCUCUGGUGUCAGGAUGGAAGAAUGGAGGCAGUUAUCCUCCUCGGGAUACAAGUGUUCUAAAGCUCUGUCUUUACGCUUACUCUAAGGAUGGUUGGUGGUGGUGUGAGGCAGGAGAGAACGUUAUGUUUGUUGAUUCUACUGCUUGCAAAGGUGGAGGGAAAGGGGAAAGAGAAAAUUGAACUAUUUAAUUUUCAUGUCAAAAUGAAGUUUGCUUCCAAUUGUUUAUUUCCAUGUAACAAUUUAGCUUUUUGUUUCCAUUUUUAUUUUUAUUUGUCUUUCCUCGAGGCACUGUAAAUUGUAUUUGUUUGUAAUAUUGUUUUUCUUUUGCUGGUCUGUCUUUUUCAUUUUAGUUUGAAGAAGUGUGGACUAUUGUGGUAGAUGGCAGAUGAAUGUUGGUGUGGUUUUAAGUUGGGGACUUGAUGCUUGAGCGUCGCUUAAAGGAGCUGUAACAGACGCCACACAUGCGCUUUUCACACGCGAAGGCUCUCAAACACAUUUGUCAUACAAUGGUUCACUGUGUUUCUUUAAGUGCACUCCGAUCAUUGCUGUGCAACUCAUAGGGGACUGACUGGGUGCUGAUUCAGUUCAUAAACCCACAAGAAUUUCACACACCUGCAAGUGUUGAUUGGAGUUAGGGAAGUGAAAUGACAUGUACAUUUGGUUGGGUUACUUAUAGCUGUUGAGUAAAACAAAAUGAAAAUAUAUUUUCUGAAUCGAUACAGUCGUGGUUGUUUGCUGAAGGUAUAUGAUUUACUCGGUUGGUUGCUGUUUGCCAUUGAUAUGUAAUAAAGUUGAAUAGGAUAUAAGACAUUUUGUUUAUAAAUGGAUUGCGUUUAUGAAGGAAGGGAGAGGAUUAUGUCAAGUACACUGAACAAAAAUAUAAACAAUUUCAAAGAUUUUGCUGUUAGUUCAGAUAUGGAAAUCGGUCCAUUUAAAUAAAUUCAUUGGGCCCUAAUCUAUGGAUUUCACAUGACUGGGCAGGGGUGCAGCCUGGGAGGGCAUAGGCUCACCCCUUUGGAGCCAGGUCCACCCACUGUCGAGCCAGGCCCAGUCAAUCAGAAUGAGUUUUACCCCACAAAAGUGCUUUAUUACAGACAGAAAUCCCCCCCCCCUUCUGAAGAAGCUGGAUGUGGAGGUCCUGAGCUGGGGUGGUUACACGUGGUCUGUGGUUGUGAGAUCGAACGUACUGCCAAAUUCUCUAAAACUACAUUGGCGGCUUAUGGUAGAGAAAUUGACAUAAUCUGGAAACAGCUCUGGUGGCCAUUCCUGCAGUCAGCAUGCCAAUUGUGUAUGCUCCCUAAAAACUAAAGACAUCUGUGGCAUUGUGUGACAAAAUUGCACAUUUUAGAGUGGCCUUUUAUUGUCCCCAGCACAAGGUGCACUUGUGUAAGGAUCAUGCUGUUUAAUCAACUUCUCGAUAUGCUACAUCUGUAAGGUGGAUGGAUUAUCUUGACAAAGGAUAAACCUCUCACUUACAGGGAAGUAAACACAUUUUUGCAAAACAUUUGAGAGAAAUCAUAUUUUUGUGCCAAUGGAAUGUUUCUGGGAUCUUUUAUUUCAACUCAUGAGACAUGGACCAGCACUUUACAUGUUGUGUUUAUGUUUUUAUUCAGUGUACAUGCUCCUGUUGUCAAAGGGUAGAACCUAAAAGCGUUUUAUAUUUUUGUUGGUUUUAUAAAUGUAUAUUAGGGUCAAAGAAAAGCAAAAAAACAACAAAAAAACAAGACAAACUUAAUUGUGUACUCAUAACAGGUCGUUUCGGAAGCACAUUCAUUGGAUAAAGGAUCACCAUGUUUGUAAACAGAAAUAACUACAUCAUUUAGGUGUGUAUCAAAUCUGUAGAGUCAUGUUAAUUACAUAUUUAUAUUUUGUACGGUUAAGAUUGAAAAAAGAAGACCUUUAAUCUUCAGCUUUCUUUGUAAAGGUGUGAUGGACUGAUGACCUGGUCUCCAAAUCUUUUGUCGGAGAUUAGGGAGGGGGAGAAAGAGAGGGGAAGUGGAUAGCUCAGCAGGCGUCACUCAAGAGAAGGAUGGGUGGAUGCAGCAGCAGGGAUAGACAGCAGUGCUAGAAUUCCAUUUCAUUUCACACUGCAAUUAUAUAGUCGCUGAUAACCUAAAAACGUGCUUUGAUUUUGCCAAUGCAUCGUUAAAGAACUAUUUGAAACUAGCAUGAGCAAAUGUACAGAUGUUUAUAUAUUCUUUAAGUGCCAGUUUUUGUGGUGGAAUUGGAUAUUCAAGUAAUUCACAUCUGGAGAGAACAGAGAGGAGAGCAGUUUCGUGUGGUUCAAGGCAGAAUUUGCAUCACAUUGUACAAAGUAUACAAAGUCUGAUUUAUUAUAUUUUUUGUUCUCUAGAGGCAGUUGAAAUGUAGUAGAAGAUUACGCCGUUGUCUUUUAAAGGGACAAAAGACAAGCUAAACUGCACGUGGGUAAAGAUUUAGUAGUGGUGUUGUGAUUCGUCUUUCUCCAUCUCCAAGUGGACACUGCACUAUGAACCUUCUCUCUCCCAAUUCUGGGACUAGUGAGGGGGACCUCCACUACAGAACCGCUCAACUCAUGCGUCGGCUACGGGCGAAUGGCAUGUGCCUGCGUCAGUUUCUUUGUGAUGUGAUUUAUAAAGCCUUGCAUAUUUUACACGGUGUUUACAAAGACUUAUGUGACAAAAUAAAGAUUGAAAAAGUACAUGUAUUAACUUUUGAUUUCAGAGAAAAGUAACGUAAUAAUGUAAACGUUCACCAUGUCGACAUGCGUCCUCAGAACUAUGUGCUUUUCAUUGGAUUAUUCAUCUCUGACUGUCUAUUCCUGACUGCAUUUUGCAGUACACAACCAAAGGACCUGGCGGUGUAUUUAUAUACAUAUGAAAGUAGUCCAGGAGUUUGUUUGUGGAUGUUCAUCUAAUUGUACAUUUACUAAAUAAGAUGCUGUGAAAGAAAUGCAAGAAAAUGGGGCAGAAAUGGAAUCAAAGGGGCAAGACCUACCUGUGUAGAUAUCACUGAUUCAAACUCUUCAAAAAUAAAGUAACUGUAUCAGUAGCAAAUGUGUUUGUAACUAUCAUGUGCCUUAACCUUUUCCAUGGUAGAUAAAGAAAAUGUGUUUUAUAUCAUGCUUUAUCCUCCCACUGUCCUCCACCCUCAUCCCUUCCUCUGUUUACCUCUUUCCUGUUCUCUUCUUUGUCAGGCUCCCUAUCCAUCUCUCCCUUCCCCCCAAUUUCACACACUCACACAUUCACCCACUCUGUCCUCAGUGUAGUCUAGACUGUUGGUGGAUAUUUGCCUUGUAUUACAUUGAAUUAUAAACUUUCAAAAGAUGGAGACAAAAAAAAAAUGGUUUGAUUUCAUAGAGUAAGUUGUUAUUGCUUUCGUAGCUAUCAGAGCGAUGCCACAGUGACAAUGUAUUAUGUUAAUUUUACUAAUACCCAGAGGCAAGUGUUAUGCUUGUUUAAAUAAAGGAAAAAAAUACAGAUUUGUAGAGUAUAAAUGUGGUGUGUUUUCAAUAAACCAUGCCUGGAAAGAA